AUGGAGCAUAUCUCGAGGACAUCUCCACCUAGUCGUUCGCGCCAGGCGAUUCCGGGAGAACACCUCGAGCAGCGCCAAACAAGCCCCGAGAUUGAUGAUCAGAUUCCCUCUAACCAGCCUCUUCUUCACCCUCCGAGUCCACGUCUCCAUCCAUCCUCGAAUCCCCCACCCAAUCCGUAUGGUGGCCCCGAUCAAUCGCUUGCAGUUCCUUUGCCAAGAUACCAGUCGCCAUAUCGUCAUAGUACAGCCCUUUCAGUGAGUUCAUACUUCUCGGAGGCCCAAGAUGGCGAGUCUCAGGCCCCGUCUGAGCCUCAAAACAUUGAGACCGGCUCAACCACUUCGAAGCGCUGGGCACAACGCCAAAAUACUGCAUCGACCAUCCUCAGACGCUACCCCACCCGACGGAUCAAGCUUGUCAAGGGCACGGUAUUGAGCGUCGAUUACCCAGUGCCGAGCGCCAUUCGGAAUGCCGUGCAGCCCAAAUACCGUGAUCUGGAGGGAGGUCAAUCCGAGGAAUUCACGCACAUGCGUUAUACCGCGGCCACAUGCGACCCGGACGAGUUCACUCUGCAGCACGGAUACAACCUUCGGCCGUCCAUGUACAAUCGGCAUACCGAAAUGCUGAUCGCGAUCACCUACUACAAUGAAGAUAAGGUUCUGACGGCCAGGACCUUGCACAGCGUUAUGCAAAACGUUCGCGACAUCGUGAAUCUCAAGAAAACAGAAUUCUGGAACAAGGGAGGUCCAGCAUGGCAGAAGAUUGUGGUUUGUCUCGUCUUCGAUGGCAUCAAGCCAUGUGAUAAGAACACUUUGGACCUUCUUGCUACGGUCGGCAUUUACCAGGACGGUGUGAUGAAGCAUGACGUUGACGGUCGGGAGACGGUUGCUCAUAUUUUUGAGUAUACAACCCAGCUGUCUGUUACGCCGACACAGCAACUUGUCCGACCCUACGGAGAUGACCCAACAAAUCUUCCACCUGUCCAGAUGAUCUUCUGUCUCAAACAGAAGAACAGCAAGAAGAUCAAUUCACAUCGCUGGCUCUUCAAUGCAUUCGGACGUAUUCUCAACCCAGAAAUUUGUAUCUUGAUCGAUGCUGGUACGAAACCUGGACACAAAUCUCUCCUCGAGCUCUGGGAAGCUUUCUACAAUGACAGGCAUCUUGGUGGCGCAUGUGGUGAGAUCCACGCACUGCUCGGUCGCGGCUGGCGAAAUGUGUUAAACCCGCUUGUUGCAGCCCAAAAUUUCGAGUACAAAAUCUCUAAUAUUCUCGAUAAGCCUCUCGAAAGUAGCUUCGGCUAUGUGAGUGUGCUUCCUGGGGCUUUUUCUGCAUAUAGAUACCGAGCAAUCGUCGGCCGACCAUUGGAGCAGUAUUUCCAUGGCGAUCAUACACUCUCCGAGAGGCUCGGCAAGAAAGGAAUUGAGGGGAUGAACAUUUUCAAAAAAAACAUGUUCCUGGCAGAAGAUCGGAUUUUGUGCUUCGAACUCGUCGCUAAAGCAGGAUGUCAGUGGAAGUUGACUUACGUCAAAGCAUCGAAAGGCGAGACAGAUGUCCCUGAAGGCCCAGCAGAGUUUCUGAGCCAGCGGCGACGCUGGUUGAAUGGGUCUUUUGCGGCUAGUCUUUAUGCGACGAUGCACUUCAAUCGGAUUUACAGGAGUGGACACAACUGGAUUCGCAUGUUCGCAUUCCAUGUCCAACUAGUCUACAACAUUUGCCAGCUCGUGAUGACAUGGUUCUCCCUGGCAUCCUACUGGCUUACUAGCUCCGUCAUCAUGGACAUUGUCGGAACGCCCAGUGCAGUGAACCACUACAAAAGCUGGCCAUUCCCAGCUAACGUGACUCCUAUCUUAAACAAUACCUUCAAGAUCGGAUAUCUAGCCUUUCUCAUGCUCCAAUUCAUCUUGGCUCUUGGCAACAGACCCAAAGGGACCAAGUCAUACUACACCCUCUCGUUGAUUUAUUUCUCAAUCGUCCAGGCUUAUAUUCUCGUCCUCUCGUUCUACCUCGUCGCACAAGCACUCACGGGCGAUAACUUGAAAUUCAACUUCAGCGAUGGCGUCGGCAUCUUCCUUACAUCCUUCAUCAACUCAACUGGUGGCCUCGUACUUGUUGCCCUAAUAUCCACCUACGGGAUCUACCUCAUUGCCAGCAUCCUCUAUCUGGACCCCUGGCAUAUGCUCACUUCAUCCUGGGCUUACUUCCUCGGUAUGCCGUCCUCCAUCAACAUCCUAAUGGUGUACGCCUUUUGCAACUGGCACGAUGUCUCGUGGGGCACGAAGGGAUCCGACAAAGCCGAAGCGCUUCCAUCUGCACAAACGAAAUCAGAUGCCCAGACUGCGUUCGUGGAGGAGCUUGACAAGCCACAGGCCGACAUUGACGUUCAAUUCGAACAAACAGUCAAGCGAGCACUGGCACCGUGGCGGGAGCCAGAAGAGAAGCCUGAGGUUAAUCUCGACGAUUCUUACAAAUCCUUCCGGACCAACCUGGUCCUGUUGUGGACAUUCAGCAAUGGCCUCCUGGCAUUGUGCAUCAACAACGAAGGACUUACACAGCUUUGCCUAUCGACUACUUCUACGCUUCGUACGGCAUGGUAUUUCAAGGUCAUCCUCUGGGGUACAUCUGGUCUUUCCAUCUUUCGAUUCUUUGGGGCGCUUUGGUUCCUGGCGAAAACGGGUGUUCUUUGCUGUUUCUCGCGGCGUUAA